AUGCGUCCGCCCGUUCUUCCACGAAAUGUCUACCUGGCAGCCGCCCUUGCCGGCAUGGUGGUGAUGUUAACGCCAAUCAUGCUUACGUCGUGGCUCACUCCUGGAACGAGGGCGUCGACACUAGAGCAAGCGAACACGCUUCUAAAUUCUGAUGAUCUUCACGCCCAGAGCAUCACCGAGGCUGCCCAGCUAUUGGGGAUAACUCAGGAAGGUGUUGAAAACGACGAAGGCUUUGAUGUUGAAACAGAAUUGGCCGCCUUCAUAGGUCAGGCACGGGUUACCCGACUCCUGCUUGUCAAUUCAGGGAUUUACGCGCUGCUGCAAAUCCUAUUCACACUCGCGGCUGCGGGCAUACUGGCUUGGACCUUUUUUCGUUUGCCUAACCAGAUCGACUUCGGGGCCUUUGUAGCUCCCGGAAACCUACUUGCUAUACUGCUUUCCUUUCUGCUGUUCGUCGUGGCAGGCUUGGACAUUUACGGGUUAACCCUGCCAGCAGAGACGUACGCACCGGGAACCAUGCCACUUAGCAUGAUGCUUACCCAGGCUUUUGCAAUUCUAAUGGUCGUCUACUUGGGAGUGGUGCCAUUGAUUGUCGCUGCAGUGCCAUGGCUAGCAUCGGUGGUCGACCGCUUUCACAUACCAGUGGCAGGCUGGCCAGUAGGAAUCAUUGCUACUCUGGCCGUCCUGCUCCCCGAUAUUCCGGCGAACAAUGGCCGUCCUAUCGAACUUCUCUUCAGCAUCCUAUUGGCCUUACUUGCUGCCGAAACCUUGUGGAUUGAAAAGCAUGGGCAGCCUCAGGGGACUUACGAACCACUGUCUUGGCGAACUUCAGAUGGCAUCCAAGUCAGUAGCAUCGAUGAAGCUGCGGCGGCAAUGAGCAUCACUCCUGAUGAAGACGGGGAGGUAAUCAAUCGUCUGGCAGACCACAUCGGUUCACUGCGCAGCACCAUGCUGCUGUUUGCGGAGGACGGGAUCUACGAGACCAUUCAAGCAGCUCUCUGUGGAGCAGGUGCCAUAGUCCUGCUGUGGACGUUCUUUCGCUGCAAAGCACCGUUCGAUUAUCAACUGUUCACCACACAGCGGAAUUGGUUCGUACUACUGCUUGCCAUGAUGAUGAUUGUGAUGCUCGGCGAGGAGAUCAGCUGGGGACAAAGGCUGCUGGGCUUCAACACACCUGAGUGGUUAACCCAAAGAAACUUCCAAGGGGAGUUCACCUUCCACAACAUGCGAGCGUUUCAAGAAGGGCAGGAAGGCAACUCUCUUGAAAUGGGGUGGAUGUGGGUCAUGGUUUCGUAUCUUGGCGUAGUGCCACUGGUGGUACUUCUUUCUCGCCCUCUCGCGGCAUGGACCAAAACACUCGGAUUCCCGGUGCCAGAUUGGCCCAUCGCGGUAAUUACCAUCGUGCUAUUCAUCAUGAAUACACUUUUGUUUCGCACGAGCGAAGUGACCGAGUUGAUUCUAGAUAUCUUGUUAGUUGCUUUCGCAGUUGAGAUCUAUUCCAAGGCUAGCGAAGCACUCGCGAAGGAAGAAAGCCAAUGGCUGGCUUUUGCCGUAGGAGCCUGGGCGACACUAUGGGUAGUGGCCACCCCGUUCCAAGCGGGUGAAGACGCCCUGCCCUCAGUGCGAAGUACUGAUCUAUACAAAUCUGCGCUCGUCAUGAUCGAACGCGGAGAUAGAGACGAUGCACUGGCAACCCUAGAAGAAUCACUUGCCACGUGGCCCAAUAAUGUGCGUGCUCAUCACUCGCUGGGUUUGCUGCUGCUCGAGCGGCAAGAUACUCGAGCCGCUAUAGAACAUUUAAACACAGCCCUGCAAAUUGAGCCAAGAUUCAUUCCUUCCCUUUUGACUUCAGCCACCGUUUAUUCCCAACAAGGUCAAUGGGCUGAAGCUAUUGAGAUGUUCCGUCGAGUGAUCGAAGCGGAACCUGAGUUCCAGCGAGUGCUUUCUCGGCGCUCCGAUCUCUUACAGUCAGCCAACAAUGUAGCUUGGAUCAUGGCUACACAACCCGACGAAUCGCUACGCGACGGCUUCGGUGCCGUUGAACUUAGCAAACAGGUAUGUGAGGCGACUGAUUUUCAGCAGCCAUCGUACCUCGACACCUACGCAGCCGCGUUGGCCGAAACCGGUGAUUUCCAACAGGCUAGCGAGAUCGCGAAGCAAGCGAUCGAUCUUGCGAUCGAAGCUGACAAAAUUGGUCUGGCCGGCAGAAUUCAAGAGCGAUUGAACCACUACCAAGACGGCGAACCCUACCGCGACAACUCGCGGGACUAG